GGCCUCGGUGGGACGAUGCUUGAGUCCAUUCGCGUGACGGAAAAGCUUCACUGGCCUGAGCAAGAACUCGCCAAGAAGUCUAUUCUAAAUGCAGAAGAUUCAUUGAUCAUUGACAGCAAAAGAAGCCUUUCACAUUUACCUGCUGGAAUACUAAAGGACAUUUUCACAACUGGAACCAGUAGUUACAAUGUCCUACUACAAAGCAAGGAGGAGAGAAAACAUCAUUUACAAAAACAGUCUUCAUCCACCUACUCCAAAAGAUGUAGAAAACCCAGCAAAUCUCCUAGCUCCCCUCAUAGUAAAGAUCCUUGCAGGACGAAAACCCCAGUGCCUGUGGCAAGCAGUGGUACUUGGUACUGCCUGGAGAGGCAGCCUACUGUUUUUGUCACUAAGUCAGUGUCAAGUCCUGUAAAGUUUACACAUGAUAUCUCUGUUACAGGGAACAGCAUAAUACUGCCACCUAAACCAAAAAGCAAGGUCAGGCGACGCCAUUUCUCCGCUCUUCCAAAGCCAAAGCAGCAGCCUCAGUUCUGUAGAAGCUUUGAAAAAGCAGAUGAGUUUUCUGGAAAAAAAUUUUGCAUAUUGACUGCUAUAAAGCCUACCAACUUAGAGAAAGAGAAACUGAGAUUCUUCAAGUCUGACUAUACCUACAAUCCACAGUUUGAGUAUGCUAAUCCUGCUCUGCCAAGUGUGUUAGCCAAACACAGCAACGCAUCUAACCGAUUUCUUAAGCAGUCCAUCAAUAUUAUGGAGCUGACUUUACAGAAAUAUGGAAGCUAUGAAAAAUUUGAACAAGCUACUGGUGGUAGUUUGUUAUCUAAACCUCGAAUCUGGAAUCAUGUUAGGAAGUACAUGAUGAAGGAAGGCUGCCUGGGAGAGAUUGUAGUUCAUCUCACUGAGGACCUACUUUCCCGUGCUUCAAUGACAGUAGUAAAUGGAUGUCCAACUCUGACCAUCAAUGUUUCCACUGCACGUGAGCAUUGGCUGGAGGGAAUGCUGAGGCACGAAAUAGGCACACAUUAUUUUCGAGGCAUUAAUAAUCUGCAGCAACCAUGGAAUAGUUGGAUUGGUCGUAAAAAACAUGAGCUAAAGCCAAACAAUCCUACAGAAGAAGGACUGGCAAGUAUUCACAGUGUCCUGUUCAGAAAAGACCCCUUUUUAUGGAGGGCUGCCCUCCUCUACUACACUGUUUAUCAAGCCAGCCAAAUGUCUUUUUGUGAACUCUUCAAAGACAUUGGCAAAUUUGUCAAGGACCCUAAUACAAGGUGGGAUUAUUGUGUACGAGCCAAAAGAGGAUGGACUGAUACUUCUCAACCAGGGUGUUUCAGUAAAGACCAGGUAUACUUAGAUGGAAUUCUUCAAAUCCUUCGAUACAGAGACUCCAUAGACUUUCAUCUACUCACUGCCCUGGGGAAGGUUUCUUAUGAAGAUGUGGAUCGUUUAAAAGGAUUGGCAGUUACUGAAAACAUGAGGGUCCCUCACUUCCUGCAAGACUAUGACCGGUAUAUGGAACAUUUAGAGAAGAUCAUGGAAGUGAAUGAACUGACUGACAGAGAACUGAAAGACCUCAUAUAGUAAUUAGCAUUCUUGCAAACAUAGUUCAGCUAUACCUCCAUAUAUAUUACCAAUUAGGUGCAGUUAGCACCAACAGAUUUAUAAAAGAAGAAUGAGUUUUUACUUGAGUUUUCUGAAGAAUAGUCUUCAGAAUUUGGCUGAAUUUUUAAGUUAAACAAACCUUAAAUUAUUUCCCCAAAAUGUUUCUAUAGGCUUCAGAGGAAAGUUAACUCUUAUUUUCAUCUGAAUCUCACCAGAGUCAAAUGAAAAUACUACUGCUGAGUGUUUUUGGAGACUGUUGGUUGAAUCAAGUAAUAAACUGAGCACUGAGGCUAGCUCCAACUGGAGAUAGGUGAAUUUCAGGCAGUGUCAUGCUGACUCCAAGGUCAUAUUAUUCUCCUUUGAAAAAUUAGUUUGUGACACUCUAGAAGGCUAACUAUAUCUAAGAUUUCUUGUUUCUCCUGUAUGUUAAGUAAUGUUAAAUGGAGGGGAGAAAACAAUUUGAAAAGUUUUCAUUAAGUCCUUUAUUUAUUUCAUGCACUAUUGUUUUAACUUCUCAGUUUAUAAGAACUAAAUUGAGUCUUUUUUGGUGGUGGCAAUGGGGAUUGGACCCAGGACCUCACACAUGCUCAAUACAUAUAUGCUUUGCCACUAAGCUACUCCUCCAUGUGCCCCUCCUCUGAGAAUUUCCUUUUUUUUUUAAAUCUAGUUAUAUCUCUUGACUAGACUCUGUUUUCAUUUGAUGAAAUAUUGUGCCCCUUUAAAUAUUUAGCAAAGUUUUAAGGUCUUUCCCUCGGCAUAAUUUUAUAUAAAUAAUUAACAAAAGCUCCAGAGUUGUUUGUCUAUACAAAUCAAAAUAGUUGGAGAAGGGAAAAGCCACUUACCUUUUUUGGAAUAUGUAACAAGGAAGAGACAGAUAGACUAAGUUGUUUGUAAACUUGACCAUGCUCUGAAAAAUGAAAUUUCUAGGCAUUCUUAUCUGAUGAACCAGACCUGUGAUAUUGGCUCAAUAUAAAAAUCUUAGCAAAAAUCAAUAUUUUAUGUCAAAUCAGUAUCAAUCAAUAUUAAAAUCUUUGAUUUCAUCAACCAAUAAUAACAUAGUUUGAAUUUAAAAAUGGAAGUUCUGUUUUGCUAUAUUUCUCCUGCUAUUGGCUUAUAUAUUUAACUUUGUAAUUGAUCCGUUUCAGUAUAUAUUCGUGUG